ACUGUGUGGGCAUUCGGGUUUUGGCAGCCACCGGAGACGGUUUGAAAUGUACGGUGUUCUCGGGCAAUAAAGGUUGGAACGUAACAGACUGGCGACGACGAUGGGAUGGGAGAUGCUGACCGCGUUCGUCUAAGUUUUAGGAACGGAUCUUCAUCUCCGACGGGAUCGAUGACUACGCUGGGUCGGAUCGAGCCGUUCGACGAGGCUUCAACGGAUUGGAACACCUACGCCGAACGAGUGGAACAGUUCUUCAUCGCAAACGCCGUCUCGGAAGAAAGGAAAACUGCUGCAUUCCUCAGCAUUAUAGAAAUGCGAAGCACGCAACAACGGGGGAAAGUCCUGCCACUCUUCUUCUGCGGCGGAGUCUCCUUCACACGAUUGGACCUCAUACGGCCGUCUGUUGCCGAGUCAGUGGCAACGAGUCAGCUUCGACAAUCUGGAAGAGCAGGGCGUGAAGCAACCUUCGCUGACGGACAGCAGGUAUAUGCCAGGGACUACCAAGGGGCCUCGAAAUGGCGGCGAGCAACGGUCGUUUGUCGGACAGGACCUGUAUCGUACAAGGUUCAAGUUCCGUCAGGUAGCAUUUGGCGACGGCACCUAGACCAGCUCAGACCAGAAGGUUCCGAUGACUUCACUUGGGUUCCAUCACAAGAGGUCGACAACAGUGAGGAAGCUGGAGAUCCUGCGAAGGGCGAGUCUGUUGCGCAAGAGGUGUCACCACCGGAGCGACAACCACCGGAGCAAGAUAUGUCCGACGCAGCGAGCUCGACGAGUGCAGCGCGGCGGUACCCAGAACGUGUAAGGCGGCCUCCUGACAGACUGACUGUGGUGUAGUUUGCAAUACUUUUGGGUACACGGCUUGUUAGGAAUUUUGGGGGUCACAAUUUAAAGGGGAGGAAAAUGUGGUGUUUGAAGGAAACGACGACGAAGCGCAUCAAGCUAGACGGGAGCGCAUGGUUUGCUGUGUGGGCAUUCGGGUUUUGGCAGCCACCGGAGACGGUUUGAAAUGUACGGUGUUCUCGGGCAAUAAAGGUUGGAACGUAA